GGGUCGUAGAGCCGAGAACAUUAAAUAUACUUCUUCCCUGCACUCGUUAGCAUAAAUCUUGCAAUCGUUGCCGCCCUUCUAUGUCAACAUGGUCGACGAUAAAUCCGAGAAGAAGAGCGCGAUCGUUGAAGGUCCAGACACAGAAGCCGGGCUCGAGUUACUCGUGGACAAGAAUGGCUUCAUUCUGUUCCCGGUUCCCGUGCAAGGAGAUGUCCUGGAUCCUCUCAACUGGUCGUCUUUUCAGAAGCACACGAUCCUCGGAAUCGUGAUGGCAUUGUAUUUCAUGUUCACCUACAUCACCACAACGACCGUGCCAGCGUUCCCAGAGCUCCAGGAACAAUUCGAUGCGACACUCGAGCAAAUAAACUGGACUGUCGCCAUUCCAGCUCUAGGACUCGCGAUCGGCCCUUUGGUUUGGUCGAGUCCCGCAGACAUCGUCGGCAGGCGGCCCAUUAUGAUCAUUGGCACAAUUAUGGCCAUCGCGGCGACUAUAGGCGCAGCCGAGGCAAAAGAUUAUUCGGGAUAUAUGGCAGCUAGAUUCUUCCAAGGUCUUGGUUGCUCGCCAGCUGCAUCGGUGGGAUUAGCCAUUAUCAACGACAUGUUCUUCGAGUACGAACGUGGCCAAAAAGUCGGACUCUGGGUAUUGGCCCUCGAUUUGGGCCUGCUCUUGGGUCCGCUGAUUGGUGGAUUCAUCGAUCUUGUCUCGUCGACAUGGAUACAAUGGCUGACAGCGAUUCUCUUGGGAGUAAUCCUUGUGGCUGAAGUGGCAUUCAUGCCGGAGACCCUUUACCCACGCGACUUGAUGCUGUCCAAGAAGUCUCCAGGUCUAGUGGUGUCGGAAAAGAUAUCAGCAACACAGGUAGAAGUGAAGCGGACCAAGAGCCUGCCAUUUGUCAACGUCACGCCGCUACCAGGCAUGAAGCAUCCUAAGGUCUGGGACACUGUGAUCAGAUUUUGCAAGACAUUCAAGUUUGCUGUGGUCCCGAUUUCGAUCACGGUUUACUGCUUCGGGUGGUACUGGUGGAUGUUGUCCGUCAUCACCAUUAUGCCCGUCGCAUACGCCAGCUAUUCGCCUCAGAUUCAAGGGUUGCUGUUCAUCGGUCUCAUCGUCGGCACGCUGUUUUCCGAGAUCUUCUGCUCCGGCCGGCUCAGUGACUGGCUCGUGGCGAAACUUGCAGCGCGCGCCAACUCAACCAAGACUCCGGAAAUGCGUAUCUGGCUUUUGUAUCCUGCAGCAGUGUUGACUUCAGUAGGGCUGGUGCUGUGGGGUGUAUCCAUCGAGAACAACUACCACUGGAUGGUAGGCCAGGUGGCGUUCGCAUUGUUCGGUGCCGGAAUACAGAUGGGAAACACCAUCGUGGCUGCGUACGUCUUGGACGCGUAUCCCAUGCAAAGCAUGUCGGUGAUCGUCUUCUACGCCGUCUUGCUCAACCUUUCAGCAUUCAUAGAUCCGUUCUUUAUCGUGCCAUGGGUGGAUUCUGUCGGCUUUACGUGGACCUUUGCAGGUCACGCAAUGAUCACGGUCUUUGUCUGCAUACCCGCCUUCGCGAUGCUUCAGAGGUUUGGAGGCGCGAUCCGGGCGCGGUGCGGAAAGCCGAACUGGGUGAAUCCAGAGUUCGACCACGAGAUCGUGGAGACCAUGGAAGAGCGGUGA